ACUUUGCGUUACUUCUGAUUGGCUGCAGACCUGCUUUACUCCUGAUUGGCUCUCACGACUCAUAUCCCAUAGUGCACCGGGCCCCUUCUUUCUCUCUUUUCGGCCAUUUUCUCCCUGUAGAGGGAUUAAAGCGCCAUGGCCCCCAGCAGGAAUGGCAUGAUCUUGAAGCCUCACUUCCACAAGAAUUGGCAGCGACGAGUAGCCACAUGGUUUAAUCAGCCUGCUAGAAAGAUCCGGAGGCGCAAGGCACGUCAAGCCAAAGCCCGGCUGGUAGCUCCGAGACCCAUCGCUGGUCCUGUUAGACCGGUGGUUAGAUGUCCAACUAUCAGAUAUCACACAGUGCGACUUGGCAGAGGCUUCAGCCUUGAGGAACUGAAGGCUGCUGGCAGCAACAACAAGGUUGCCCGCACUAUUGGCAUCUCUGUGGAUCAUCGUCGCCGCAACAAGUCUACAGAAUCCCUGCAGACCAAUGUGCAAAGGCUUGAGGAGUACCGCUCCAAAUUGAUAAUCUUCCCACGUAAACCCUCCGCUCCCAAGAAGGGAGAUGGCUCUGCUGAAGAGUUGAAGGUUGCCACCCAGCUGAAGGGAACUAUCAUGCCAGUCCGCAAUGUCUACAAGGAAGAAAAGCCAAGAGUUAUCAAAGAGGAAGAGAGGAACGUCAAAGCCUUUGCCAGUCUGCGUAUGGCAAGAGCGAAUGCUCGACUCUUCGGCAUCCGUGCCAAGAGAGCCAAGGAGGCUGCAGAACAGGAAGUGGAGAAGAAAAAAUAAAACUUUGAACUGUUAAUAAAAUGUUCUCUAAUUCUUGA